GUAGAUGUGUGUACUGUCAAUGUCAGAAAGUUCGUGUUCUGUAGCUCUGUGUCAAUUGUGAAUUUCUCAUUCUUUUGUUUUGUGCUUUACGCUCUCUUGAGGAACCAAUUUGUAAAUAUCAAUUCGAAAUGGCAAAACGUACAAAGAAGGUUGGAAUCACUGGUAAAUAUGGUACCAGAUACGGAGCCUCGCUGAGGAAGAUGGUGAAGAAAAUGGAAAUUACCCAGCACAGUAAAUAUUCCUGCAGUUUUUGUGGAAAAGUAAGCAUUUAUCUGUUUUGGCUGGAUUAUCUGUAUGUGCUCACAAUGAGGAUUUUGUCUGUCAAAAUCAACAAAAUAGACUUUGUUUUCUUACGACUGUAGAUCUUCAAAGUCUAAUCAACUCCAAACAAUGUUAAGAUAUUGGUCUGCUGGCAAAUAUAUUUUUACCAUACAUUAAUAUAUUUAAUAAAAAAAAUAAUGAUAAAUUACAACAUUCCAUGAACCACAAUCAUAUGUGAUGCAAAUGAACAUCUGCAAGCACUUAUGUCCAGACUAAAUAAAAGCAUCAGCCAAAUAUCACUUUCUAGGUCCAAAAUUGUAUAUCCUUGCAACUUUCUGCAUAUAAAAUCCAAAAAACACUUCAAAGUGUAAUUAAAGUAAUUUACCUUAAAUCAACCACUACUAAUUCAUAAAUUUCUAGACAUCAUAAAUUAAUGUACAUUUGAUACAAUUUGGUUCAUUUGACUAGAAUACUGCUGAAUUUAGUUAAUUCAAGUUCAAACCAUACCCAAGCACAAGUUCACAGUCUUGGUUUAUUGGACACUACCUUCAUUAUUUUUAUGGAAAUCAGUAAACACUAUUAUUAUUAUUUCUUUUUGUAUCAAAAAGUUCAGGAGCUUUACAUGAUCAGAGAUGCAAACCUUAGUGAAGGUGUAACCCACAGGAUGCCUGAUUGUUCAUAAUUUUGGGAAGAACACAUCAUAUUGUGUUUGCAUGAUAUCUGUUCUGUUAGAAAAUUACAUAAACAUGAAAUUAUUAAAUAAUUUAAAUUUCAUUAUCAUGCUUUUAAGAUAAUUUUAAACAUAUAAGCAUAUAUUCUCAAAUGAUGUGUAUUUAUCCUUUAGGAUGCCAUGAAAAGGAGUGUUGUUGGAAUUUGGUCCUGCAAGAGAUGCAAACGAGUUGUUGCAG